AUGGUUCUUUCAAUUGUUAUACAUGGUUCUAUUAAAUUGUUGAAAAGUGAAGUUAUUCCAAACCAAGAUUUGACAGAGACCAGUAAAUCAAUAGAGCAACUUCAUGCCCAAAAGAUCCAACUUUCUGAGCAAAAUAAAUCCAUCACUGAAAGAUGUGAGCAGUUAUCAGAAAAUCUAAACACUCUAACUGACCAGAAGUUCAGAUCAGAAGAAAUGUUGGAAGAACAAGUCAACUUAAACAUAGAACUAGAUCAAAGGAACAAGCGACUACUUGAGUUGGUGAAGAGGUUGGAACAGUUGCAUGGGAAUGACUUGCUCUUAGAGAACAGGGGGAGACAGUUUACAGAAGUCGGGCAAAGGCAGCAGCACAGGAUCUUAAAAGGAUUAAAGACAAAAGAAGAAAGGUUAUUGUGGUUUGCAAAGACAUUUGGUUUGGAUGUAUCUUCCAUAGAAUUGAAAGAUGAAACCGGUUUUCACCAUGCCAUGAAAUACAAACAAGUUGGAGAGAACACUUCCAAAUCUUAUAGAGAGCUAACACAAGAUGAGAAGGAUGUUGUAAAGCAAGUUACAUUUGUUACAGAUAGAUUUUGCAUUGGGGAGGCGGCCUAUCAUGAGUUAACGAUGGGGGAAUCCGGAGCAGAUUUACCAGCUAGGACACCUUAUAAAACAGUGCAAAAAUGAUUUAAAUAGAUUGGUCCAAAUUACCAAAACGCCAGGGGAGGCUGAAGGAGCACAAUUGGAUUUUGAAAGUGAAUUGGCAGGCAAAUUAAGAAACAAGGUGGGUUAAUGUAUGUGGCUUUCGUGUUAGGAAGGCAUGUAGCGUCAAAGUGAGGGUUGGUAGCAAGAAUGAUAGAAUGACCUAAACAUGCACUAGCCACAUUAAUUGAAGUUGGAUCAACCCAUUUGUUGAAUAUUUUCUCUUAAAAUUGUAUACAUUCAGAUUGAAAAAGGUGAGAUCCAAGUUCAGGAUAGUGAGAAAAUCAAGGCAAAGCUCUAAUCUAGACUUUUAGAGCACCAAGAAAUCAGGAUUCUAAUUUCGGAUUGCAUACAUUUUAGGAGUUGAGAAAAAUAAUGACGAUUGCAGUAAGAUUCACUUUUUUAAGUCCAACAAGUGGGAUGCUGCAAAAGAUGUCCUUCUUGCAAAUAAACGCCUUGAAAACUUGGCGGAAUGUAGGAGAAAACCAAGGGCAGGUACAAAACGAAACGCUGAUUACUGGUCAUCAACAAUAAAAGCAAGCCGGCAAGCAAAACGUGAAGCUCUGAAAACACCUGAGAGUGCUGUUACUCAGGAUAAUGAGUUGGAUACUGUAAAUAAUAUGACCUCCCUUGAGAUUCAAGACAAGUUCAAAGAAAUGGGGGAUUCCCAACUAGAGUGCGAAAUGUGA